CAGAGCGCACCCAGCCGGCGCCGCGCAGCACUGGGAGCCUGCUCGCCCUGCAGCCCAGCCAGCUUGCUCCGCACCAGCCUGCUGGUCUGCCCGCCGACCCGCGCGCCCUCGCUGCCGCCCGUCUGCGCCCCUAGACCCCAGCGGCACCAUGCAUCUCUCCCAGCUGCUGGCCUGCGCCCUGCUGCUCACACUGCUCUCACUCCGGCCCUCCGAAGCCAAGCCCGGAGCGCCGCCGAAGGUCCCGCGAACCCCGCCGGGAGAGGAGCUGGCCGAGCCGCAGGCUGCGGGCGGCGGUCAGAAGAAGGGCGACAAGGCUCCCGGGGGCGGGGGCGCCAACCUCAAGGGCGACCGAUCGCGACUGCUCCGGGACCUGCGCGUGGACACCAAGUCGCGGGCAGCGUGGGCCCGCCUUCUGCACGAGCACCCCAACGCGCGCAAAUACAAAGGAGCCAACAAGAAGGGCUUGUCCAAGGGCUGCUUCGGCCUCAAGCUGGACCGAAUCGGCUCCAUGAGCGGCCUGGGAUGUUAGUGCGGCGCCCCCUGGCGGCGGAUUGGAAACUGGCUCCGUUGUGCUGAGGUCACCUUUGGUCAUCAGCUCCGGCAUCUGGAAACACCUCC